CGCAUCGUUAAGAAAUCAGUCCGGAGGUUCCAGUCUUUCAUGAUUAAUUACUAUCCAUUAAAAUUCAACUUCUGGUAGGCUAAUAUAGACUGGGCAGUCUUUCACCUCUAGAUCUUCAACCCCAACGAGGGUCGAGGACUCGUUGGGACGGUCGUUGCAUUUUCUGACAGAAGAGGAGUAGAGGGACAAGUUCGAAGCCAGUAGAACGAAUCGGCGUUCGUUCGUAAAAGUAGAGAAGGGAGAGGAGGUCAGCCGUUUAUCGAGCGAGCUUACCGAGCUAACGAGGAACAGAGAUAAACUGAGAGAAGGAGAGCGAGCGAAAUGGCCCCCACCUACAGCUACGAGGAAAUAGAGGGGCGCUCGUAUAAGUAUGCCUACAGCCCUGUACCAGUGAGUUCCUCUUCAGCAGUGUACGAUUCAACCACCCUUGGAAAACAUCCCGUCGAUAUUGGUGCCGGUUCGACGAGCUUUCGUGUAUCAAACCGUGUGCAAGACAAGUGUCGUGCCUCAGAAAUGGCGGAAAAGGGCUCGACGUUACUGCAAUACGUCGCUGCUGCAGCAGCCAAUCUUUGCACCGUCUCGGCUGGUGCUAUGAUGGGAUGGACCAGUCCUGUCUUACCAAAACUAGCAAACUCAGUUGAUGACAAUCCGUUCGGUAGAGUAAUCACCGCCGAUGAAAAAUCAUGGAUCGGUUCGCUGGUGUCGAUCGGAGCGAUGAUCGGACCUUUCGUCGCUGCAUACAUGGCAGAAGGAUUCGGUAGAAAACGAACAUUGUUGGCCUCGGCGGUACCAUUUCUGAUCGGUUGGAUCUUAAUCGGUACAGCCCAAGUGGUAGUCCAAAUGUACGUGGCUCGAGUUCUCCUUGGUUUCGCUCUUGGAUUUGCAUUCACGGUCGUUCCCAUGUACUGCGGCGAGAUAGCCGAGACAUCCGUCAGAGGAGCACUUGGAUCCUUCCUGCAGUUAUUCUGCACCGUUGGUCUCCUCUAUUCGUACGCCAUUGGACCGUACGUGCCGUAUCUGGCAUUCUGGAUCUUGUGCGCCCUUGUGCCCAUCAUCUUCUUCGCUUGUUUCUUCACGAUGCCCGAAUCACCGAUGUAUCUGUUGAAAGUUGGCCGAAGAGACGAAGCGAUCGCUGCGCUGGCCAGGUUGCGAGGCAAAUCAGCGGCCGGUGUGCAGAAGGAAGCCGAUGAAAUACAGGCGGCGAUCGAGGAAUCGUUCAGAGAGGAAGUCAAAUUUACCGAUCUAUUCACGGUGAAGGCUAACGUCAAGGCACUGAUCUACACCUGCCUACUCGUAUCCUUCCAACAGCUCAGCGGUAUUAACGUGGUGCUCUUCUACAUGGAGGGUAUUUUCAAGAGCGCAAAGGUACCCUUGGAAACGUCAAUUGCAACCAUCAUCGUAGGAAUAGUGCAAGUAUUCGCAUCCGGUGUCACGCCUUUGGUCGCGGACAGACUCGGCAGGAAAGUGCUGCUUAUUUUCUCCGGCGUAGGCGAAAUUCUCAGUUUGGGAGCUCUAGGUAUUUACAUGUACCUGCAAGAUGUCCAGAAGUCAGACGUGAGCAGCAUCUCCUUCCUGCCGAUCCUCUCGUUGGUGGUGUUCAUCUCGACGUACAGCGUCGGCUGGGGUCCUCUUCCAUGGACCGUGAUGGGUGAAAUGUUCUCCUCUAACGUGAAAUCCAAGGCUUCCGGUAUCACUGUGUGCAUGUGCUGGUUCCUCUCCUUCAUCAUCACCAAGUACUCCGACGAUCUUCAAACCGCGUUCGGUAAUUACAUGCUCUACUGGGUGUUCGGCGUAUUCUGUGUGAUCAGCGUCGUGUUCACGAUACUGGUGCUGCCGGAAACGAAGGGCAAGAGCCUGCAAGAAAUUCAAGACGAGUUGAACGGUGUGAGCCCAUCGAUGACCGAGUUCGGUAAUUCGGGCAAGAAAUGAAAGCAGUAUUACGGUACGUGGGGAUGAUAUCGAACCUCGUCGUCGUCGAUAUCACCCCCCUGAUACAUCGAACCAUUUGUUUUCUUCUUUCUAAGCGCAUCUUCGUACUGCCAAAGACCGUGAUCGCGGUUCUUGAUCCUUCCGCGCGAAACGGAUUCGAGACGAGUGGACACUGAUUUAGGAUCGUAGAAACGGGUCGGGGUCGACAACGCUCACCAUUUUUAAGUAUACACGCGUGUGUACAUAUUAAGUUGUAUGCAGAGAGAUGGAAGAAACGAGACAGCUUUGGACGAGUGUCCUUCGAUUUUAAGCCCAGUUUCCAUUGGUGUUAAGCGUUUAAAGAUCGGUAGAAUAGUAGAGCUAGAAGAAAUAGAACGCUAUCGCAAUGGAAAUUAGGCUUUCAAAGACAGUCAUUCAAGUAAAUGAUACGGAAGGGUUAAAACUGUUGGAUUUCGAACAAAUUAAAACGACGAAAGAUUGGAUCGAAUUUUCAAUAAUCGAACGACACUCGGAGAACUGUGAUCUGUCCCGUUUUUGAUCACGUCCGCGCAAUAAUAGUUUCUAAAUGUAUUUAUUUCCCGACAAGCCGUAGCCGUUCAACAUACGCGAUGUUUCCUUUGAAAUUAAGAGAUUUAAACGAUAUCUAAUAAUAUAAUAACGCCCUUUAAAAAAUCGUCGCAAGGUUCAAAGAACAGGUUCUAUUGGAUCGAUCUUAUCAGACGGAAAAUCAAUUCCAAGCUUCGAGAUUACGAACAAAACAAAAUCGUAACGAUAAUUCAGAUUGAUAAGUACGUCAUCGAGCGUUCUCUCGUAAAAUCGAUGAUUUGCACGCGGAAAUUCCACGGAUGCGAUCGAUCCUUAUCUAACAGCGAGCAUUGAAAAAUGACGCAGUUGGAUCUUUUUUUUUUCCUUUUUCGAAGAUCAUCGCGUGUGUCGAAGCGAGGCAAUGUUUCUAUGAUGUGAUUAGGAAGACUAAGUAAAGUUAGGAAACCUAGAAGAUACAGACGAAAGAAACUAUAUUCCUAUUUUACACGCGAAGAUUCAUAGAAAGAUAUGUUCCUAAGCGAAGAGUUUCUUGACAAUUUUGAAAAAUAGAUGGAAUUGAUUAGAGUAGUAAACGAUGAGAAGCAAUAUUUUUCUAUAUCACUGAAAUUCACCAAAGUGCAUGUUUCAGAAAUUAGGAAUUCUUUUAGUAAUUCCAGGUAAUUAAUAGUAUUCUAUGAUUCGUUUAAUAAACAGGAAAUGGUGUGUUCAAACGAGAUAUAGGAGCUGAAUCGACGGUGUAUUUUACGUUUCUUCAUUCGUUUUUCUAGUUGCUUAGAGAUACACUUCGUAGUAUUUUUUGUUAAGAACGUUUCCUUAUAUCCUUCGAGUGCAAAGAGUAUUUCACGAGGAUCAGUGUAUCGUACCUUUAGGUUUAACGCAAGUUUUUAAGCAUAAUGUUUAUUACAUUACUAUUAGCAACGCGAUUUCUUAUUCGGAGUAUUGUUUCUAGAGUACAGUUUCAAUCAAACCGCGAGUGUCCUAUCGUUCUUUUCUAUUUAAGCGAUCCAGCAACGGCUGUACUUAUCAAACUCAGCUACGCACCAAAGAUCCUAAGUAUCCACCUUUAAUUAACUCUUUACGAGAAGAGUCCAGAAAACAAUUCGUUAUCUUAGAAAAUAGAAAUCUUCAGAAAUAGCAAAAUGUUUCUUUCUCCGUAAAGGGUUGAAAAGUGUUAUUUUUUGGAUCAGUGAUACACGCGCACACAAGAGUUUUUAUGUAGUAAUAAUACGUAGCGACACAGUUGUAUUUCAUUUACAUUUGCGUUUUGUAAUUUUAAAGGAUGUGCCAAAAGUGUUGCAAAAAUUUCACGAGUAUGUUUUAAGGUGUUUGCAGUGGAAUGACAAAAGACAUAUCGAUCGAACGUGUGUUCUUUCUUGACAUAUCUUCGGGGCACAAAGUUACCGCCUAACAAUAAAUACAAUUAGAAAAUUAAUUCGUUAACACUCGAUCUCGUAAAUGACGCAACUGCUUCUUUCGAACGCGAAAGAAUAAUGAAAAAAAGAAGCAGAGGGAAAAAAAAAAGAAAUAUACGCUGGUCGUACGCGUAUACUGAUUAACGAUCAAAGCUGAUUGCAUACAUAUUCAUGCACGUAUGAAAAUAGUUGGAAGAUAUCAAGGCUGGAUAUUUUGUUCGUAAUGAAAAAUAUUGUAAACUUCCUGCCAGUGGCGAUUGCGAACUUUUUUCAAGAAGUUGUUGCACUUAAUAUGCAACCACGCGUUUCUUGUUCGUGAAUGUAUAUGCAAUUUUGAGAAUCGAGCUACACGCUGUAGAAUCAACACUUUAAUAUUCCUUCGUUUCUUCUUUCAAGAGCAAUAAGACUCUCGGUUGAGUCGUAAGACGUGAAAAUUGAAUUCGAAUACCCGGUGUAUGUCGAAUUUCCAUUUC